AUGCCUGAAAAGCGGAUUCCCCCUGUGAUCAUUUCCAAAAAGUGCACGCCAGAUACAAUCGUGGAUCCAUACAUGACGGAAACGGGCUUGCCAACGGAUGUGGAGUAUGGAGACGAUGGCGUGGCAACGAUUGUAUGGUCUCUUUCUGAUGAAGGUACCGGAAUGGAUGUGGGUGAUAUUCUACGACUAUGUUGGUGCGGUUUCAGUACUGGCAACUCGAUUCAGUGCACAAAUAGUGGCUUUUCAAUUGAGGCAGGUAGAUUGUUUGUUGUACCCGCAGCUGAUACAACGAUCCACUGCUAUGCUGGGGCCAUGUGCUCGACCUUCGUGGAACAUACGGAUAGGCCACCUAUGAGAUACUUCUUGUCAAAAGAUGGCAGAAUAACAGGGUCAUUAUAUUUUACACACACCACAAUAUUUUUCCAGAAGACUUUAUAUAUGGUGGAGGGCAAAAGCUUAGUACAUUUGCAGGGUUAUAUGACCUAUAGAGAGGGUAUUAGUGGAAGAUAUUACCUAUCUACCCUCCAUAAGAACAGCGAGAACGCCGGUGCCCUAAUAUUCGAUAAGGUUGAUCAACGUUUCAGAGUAAACGUGCCACUGUUGAAGAGGGACCGCUACUACCUUCCGAUUUUCUCGCAAACUGUAAUAAAGUUGAAGGCGCAGUCCUGUGGCAUGGCGAACUUGAAUACCGCAAAUGCGCGUUACGAAGUAGGGGGAUUCAAGUUGGGAUCUGGUGUACUUGCUUCCGAACCUGAUAUUUGCUGGUGCAAGCCGUACAAGAACGUGAAUUGCACGAAAUCUGAGGACUACAAAAUACGGGCAGGCAAAGUAUUUGCUAGUGGAUUUGUAAAGCUCCAAUACCUUGUCUGCGAUGUGAAAUCGUUCUGUGAAAUCCGUCUGCGAUACUUAUUUUACUACCAACUGAUCAGAGAAUCGGAUUCGCUCCUACCCGCCAAUUCCAUCAUAAGCAUACAGAAGAAUGGUUGCAAAGUUAUCCCCAAUGAUCCCAACAUAUUAGAACAUUGCGAAAGCAGUAAUCGAGAAGUCAUUGAUAACCUGCACGACAUAUUCACUGCGAGCAUUGAUUUGCACUUCGUAGGCGUCUUAAAGCAUGAUAAACCAGGUAAAUACGCUGUAUGCUACAUUGAUAAGGAUAAGAAUAAGAUUGCGAAAGUUAGCGAUAUUAAUCUUCGUGGAAUAUAUGAACAACCAAGAUCAGUUGCUAUUUACCUUGGCAAGCCGUUCCCCGUAACGUUGCGCGGUCAUCACAUGCGCGGCGUGGUAGGAUUUCUGAGCACCGAUGCAGAGUGCCGUAAAAAGGCACGUGACGAGCGAUUUGACGUGGAAAUGACUGAAUCACCGGAUUCAACGGUGACCACAAAGAAUAUUACGCUCAUGAUUUGGAAUAACGUUGUGAUUAUUAGGAAUGCAACCGGCCGCUCGGUAUCCACCAAAAACACACGGCCAGAUAUAGUGACUUAUCAUAUGUGCGUGUCUACCGGUUACGGAAUACACAAAACGGGUUUAUCGUACACGCUGCUUGGUCCCAAUGUGCUGCACAAAUCUGCCUUCGAUGGCCCACGAGGGUUUGUGAACAUACCAAAUCUGUUACGGCUAAAUGGAAGGAACCAUUUGUUGGUUGUAACUUUCUUGUACCAACCGUCUAAAAUUGAAUCAUGUGAGUCCAACGAUUGGGUGAAUAAUGCAGAAAGAUUAACGUUUUCAGUAUACCAUUAUAACAGGAAAGAUGCUGAAAUUACGCUGUUCCCCACGCUUUUGUAUUCGGCUAAUACAUACAUAUGCUGGUGUAUCGCUGAUGCAUGUACUACGCUGAGUAAUUUCCGAGUAAGUCUCUACAUCCCCCCGGACAUUGAAGAAUUGCAAUUUCAAACAAUUAUGGCUCAUGACUUACCCAGAAAGGCUAGCAUUUCCGGUUAUUAUAACACAUUUCUCGAUCGAAUUAAGUUUGUAGAUUCCGUGGACAAGUGCGGCGCUACAAACACUAUACUGCCGAAGGGACUGUUCAGCAAUUCCGGCAUAACGACGCUUUCGGACGAACGUGUCACGUAUGAUUCCAUGAGGAUAAUCGGCCAUGCGUUCCUGCGUACUCCAUCGGAAAUUAAAAUCGGUGAUACGUUUAAAUGGUAUACGCAGUUAAUUCCUCCUCUGGAUGAGGAUAUGUUUCGUGAAUUAAGGGUGCGCCUGUGUUACUGCUCCUUUUUAGCAAAUAACAGCUGUGAACACGACGCUGAUUAUACAGAUUGGGUCGGAGCGAUUGUAAACCUGGAAAAACGAGCCACAACAAACGAAAUGAUACUUCGUUUGAGCACCUACUCGGCGGAUAUCGACCGCAGUUUCGUUCCUUGUGAUCCCGAUGCGCCCGUUAAAUCAGUUGAUACUGCGUACUACCGGGUCAGGGAAACCUCCAACGGUAUUGGCGGCAUUUUGAUGUCGUAUUUAAAAGAAUUUCGGAAGAACCGUCAGGGUUUUUUCAUAGAGAUUUGCCGUCGCCACGUUAACAAGAAUAGUGACAAGCAGCAUCAUUACGAACAAGUUUUCGGAUCCAUGCGUGCCGGAUUCUAUGGGAUGCAGAAGCUGUAUUUUAUGGCUGAACAGCCUCAGGAAGUUGUGAUUUUCGGUUGUAACGUACGAGGCAACCGUGUAGCUGAAUUCCUGGCUGUGAAGCCCUACGCCAACUGCAGCACUUUGACAUCUGCGAAUGUUGUGGCGCGCUCCAGGAUUGUGCGUCGCACAGAUAGGAACAGUAUCAUAUUCAGCAAUAUAAAAAUUAACGAAGCUGGUACUUACAAGUUGUGUCUACGGUAUAGAUCUAGAAUAUCUGGCCUGGCUGCCAAUAAAAAGGACAAAUCUGUCGUGUCCAAAGAUGUAUCUGAAAAGAGUGAAAUGCAACAACCGGUUUCAACUCCCAAUCCUUUGAAUAACGAAGCAAAACCGUCUUCUAAAGUUGAUGUGGGUGGAACUCAGAAAGGUGUUACCAGCGACAUCGUCACCUCUUCGCCGGCUUCAACAAAACCAAAUUUAAAUACAGUCAAUGGCACCCUUUCAGAGGAAAACGCUGAAGAUGAGAUUUUGUAUGAGAUGGGAGGAAUAAUAAAGGUUGUCGAUUACCGUGUGUUUUGCAUAGCCGAUGUGGUAGCUAUGGCCUUUAACGGGUUUGAGGGGAAGCCGUUGGAAACAAGUAUCAGGCAUUACUCAACUAAUUGCGUCGGGGAAUGGUACGAAAACUUUAGCCUUGUCGGCGUAUUGCCUCAUUCCAGGGUACUCGUUUUAGCGGAUUGCACCAACAUAACAUAUGCCAUGCAGAUCCCCGAUGACGUUGAUUUUACCGCCGCUGCGGCUGGUUUGCACGCUGCGCCUGCCUCUGAUGCUAAAAUAAACGAACUACCGCUAUGGGCUAGAAACGUAUGGGUGGUGUUUCCUGUACAUUCCGAAAUGGAACAAGUCUGGAUUACCUGUAAGGAGUUUAAGAAUUACCAGAUCAUUUUAUUCCUGGGCGCCACCUAUGUUUACGGUUUCAGUAUGCCGCUGCGCCAGGAGUUGCCGGCUCCUAAAUUUGUAUUCAAGCAUCAAUUGUUGAAUCCGAUGGACAUCACCUACGCCAGGAACAUGGUGAUAAUUUCGGACGAAUUCACGCGCACUUUACGAUCUUUUCCACCCAUAAAUAUUUCUGAUGAUAAGCUCGUAAGCACUGUGCUACGAUCAGGUUGCUAUCACAAUGCGCUGUACUAUAUGCACCGGGAGAAAGGCCGUGGUGAAUUAUACGCGUUAGAUGCGUCCGACAACACCCUAAAGCGAUACGCGUUCAGUGAUUAUAACCAGCGUCUGGAAUUAGAUGAGAGGUACAAUGGCAUCAAAGGAAAUGGCGGCGUUGCUGCAUCACCUAUUUACGCUGCCAGCUCCCUGGAUGGUUAUAUAGUUCCCUUGAAAACAAAGCAACAAGAGGUUCUAAUCAUCGGUGAGAGCACUACAGGUCGCAUGUUGGUGCUUAAGGCAGAUGAGUAUGACACAUUGGUGUACAAGGAAAUAAACACCAAUUCCCAGUUGCAUUUUCUAAACGUGUAUUCUAAUGGGUGGAUAAUGCUAUCAAUGUCACGAUUCUACCAAGGACAAAUGAGGAAUUGUUUGUUGAAUCGCACCAUAGGUUCUUAUGUGACCCUCUCAUUUCAGUACAACCUCAUGACUACCUAUCUGAUUGGUAACAUGAUACAGCUGGAUCCCGUUUUACAUGGUGAUUCAUUUGAUGCAUUCGAGGAAGAUGAUGAAAUACAUGAUGAUAGAAUAAGUCUGAAAGACUCCGGUUUAAAUGUAGACUACCAUACAGGAACGAUUCGUGGAGUUGUAAAGUUUAAUGAUUGCAACUACAUUAGCAUAAAGGGUGGCAACUUUUUGCGUACAACGACGCAUACAUUCCUCAUGUGCUCAAUAUGCCCGCCUUCGCACUUUUUUAAUAAAGAAACUGUGACGUGCGAGCAAUGUACCAUUGGGACUUACCGCAACGAAGAGCGUACAGACAGUUGCUUUAGGUGUUCCGAUUUUCGUGAGAACUCGACCACUCUAACUAUUGGAGGGCGGACAAGCGCCGAUUGUCUAUGCGACAAACAAUUCUACCUGAAGGACGGAAAGUGUGUUCCUUGUGCUGAGGCCACGUUCAAGGACACUGUGAGCAACGCCGAGUGCACUGGCACGUGUGGCCCAAAUCGAUCUUCCAUACUCCGGAUUGUGGAUGGGAAGCCCGAACACGUGUGUCUCUGCAAUGCGAUGUUCUACGACUUCCGCCUUGCGCUUGAUAAAUUGGAAUCGUUUCCUGAGGAUUUCAAACAAACGAUAGGUAUGGGUCCCGAAUGCGUAGGAAAAGAUGCGCAAAAUUUGCAUUGCACUCUUCCUUCGGCUGACGAAUGCGUUCCUUGCCCAGUUGGUUACUAUUGUCUUGGUCAGGAAGCCUUGCCUCAGCGCUGUAAAGACGGUAGCACCACGCAGGAUACGCUAAGCAGUAGCCCCGCCAGCUGCGUUUGCGCCGCAGGUCAUGGAUAUUGCGCGUAUAAAGGCUGCAUUCCAUGCACAGGCUUUGGCUACAAGGACACUAUUGACAACUCACGUUGCAAGGCCUGUCAUAGCGCGAAACACGUUUCGAGUCUGCUGCCGCCAUUGCCGUCCCCAGGUCCCAUUCGCGUAGUCACCGAAGCUGAAUGGGAUCACGAGCUACAGGUCUAUCGCAGAAUGCAUCCUACCGAGUACAAAACGCUAUUAUCGCUUUUGGAGUCGUCCAGCCUAUUCGCAAACUCCGAAACUGCUGGGCGUAGUGACGACUGCAAGUAUUGCGUGGGGGGGACGUUUUUCGACAUAAACCUGAAGAUAUGCCUCGAGUGUCCGCACGGUCGCUUUUGCCCCGGCGCCGACGCUCAGCCAUCGUCGUGCGGGAGCAACGGCAUCACACGCCACCCAGGCAGCAUGACCGCCAUGGACUGCUACUGUGCACGCGGCUACGGUAACCUGUUCCUAGGGCGCCAUCCCACAUCCGGCGCGAUUUGGUGUCGCCACUGCGUUGUUGGUUACUUUCAGCAUCUGGAGUACGCCGACUACGGCUGUUUGCCUUGUCCGGAAAAUUCUUCGACGUCGGACUUCGGCGCCAAGAGCAUUGUGGAUUGCUCGCCCGAUCCGGGUUACUUCCUAUCGGUUACCAAAGUGAACCGUGUUAAUGGAGAGGAAUCAAGCAUUCUGCAGGAUGAGGGUAAAAGCAUGGAGGCGUCCAUUGCUGGCAACCGUCAAAAUAUGCGUUCCAAGUGCUUCGAUGCCAUACGAACCGACAUAACUGCAAGACACCAAGCGAUACUGUUGAGGGACUCUCCGGCGAGCUGUCAAACCAGUUGCGUGGAGAAUGUGUUUUGUCACGGUUACUCUUUUGAAACCACGACGCAGUUCAUGGAGAGUGACGUGGCCCCGUUCAAGGCGUACCAAACAGUCGUGUUCAACGGUCUCCGCUUCCUAAAGCGACCUUACGGCUUAUGUACGUUGUACUUUUUCGACCUGAAGUUCCAGGACCUGACGGGCUCCGUUUUAAAGAACAUCUCCGCGGGGGAUGUGAUUUCCGUAUGCCGCGUUUUCGAUGAAGAUUUUGAAUACCGCUUCGCCACGAAGCCGUGCCCCAUAGGUCAUUACUGUCACGGUGGAAUAGACUACAUGCGAUGCCCCGAUAAUUCGACCACCAUCGCCGAAGGCGCCUUUGCGUUGAACCAUUGCCUCUGCCUUGCCGGCUACGAAAUGUCUAACACCAGCGCUGGCGUCUGCGUCCCUUGCGAGCUGGGCACUUACAAACAGGAGAUCGGUAACGUUGGGUGCAGGCGGUGCCCCGACAAGUUCAGGACCUUCAACAAGGCGUCGAAGUACAUCACCGAUUGCGCCUGCAGUCCUGGUCAUUUCGCCAAGGUCACGAAGCACCACAACGAUAUGAUAUCGGAGGCCACGUACAAGCGCAUGCGAGACCGAACGAUUCUGCGCAGUUCACACCUGGAGGAGCUCAACUACUUCCAGUUUCGUCAGCAAGAGGAACAGCAACGGCUGCGUUCAAUCAACCGUAGAGGCAACUCACACAUUCUCGAUUUACCCGUCGACGAUUCCGACCCCAGGUACCAGAUAGAGUCGUUCAUUCACCUGUCGAAUGCCGUGCUGCUGUUGCCAAGCGUCGGCCAGUCUAUGGUGAGCGCGUUCGACACCCACUACGAAACCUUUGAUUGCGAGCGGUGCAAGGAUUAUCACUACUGCCCCGGCGGCUGGAUAUCCAAGCUGCCUGAGAAAAAGAUCCACAACAUUCCCUAUCGAUGCCCGCAAGGAUCCAACGUGCCGGCUGAAGCGACGAAUGCAACUUCCGUGACGCAGUGCUUAUGCCUGCCGGGCUAUCGGCUGAAGACCCACGUCCACGAGAUGCCCCCUGACGUCUACGAGGGCAAGUACCCUAACGACGCGUUGUACUACCCUGACAGCGGGGAAACGCUGGGACUGCCUGACGACAUAGCGGCGUUGAGCGGAGAGAACAGUGAGAACACAGGUGUAUCAUGGCUUGGGGACAAGCUGCCGUCGGCAUCCGCUCAAUCUCUCCUGGAGCACGCUACACGUAGAACCACAGUCCACGUGCAAUGCGUGAUGUGUGAGGCGGGUAUGUACAAGGAAGGGCAGGAGAACUCGACCUGCAGCGGCCGUUGUAUGCAAUACGCAACAACAUACGGCGGAGCGGUCUCCCAGAAGCAGUGUUUCUGCAACUACGGCCGUUACAUGAGCUUCGAGGACACGCUGGGCUCCAUGCAACUGACUUGCUCCCCUUGCAUGAAGGGUGCAGUCUGUCCAGGUGGCCUGUCCACGGAGGUCGUGAACAGUCUGAAGAGCAAGAGGGAUUUCACGGAGAUCCAGUUACGAGACCACCGGAUGCCGAUGGCUCGUUACGGAUACUUCGGUGCAUUCAAAGAUCAGGGUGUGGAGCUGUGGUCACCGUUGCUCCAUUCGAAAACGUCGCUGCACGGGGUCUCCACGGAGCAGAUGGAUUACCACGCCUGCCCGCUGGAAUACACGUGCGCCGGCAUGGAUGGCUUUCCUUGCAUCUCAGGCUCCACUGGCUACCUCUGCAUGAACUGCGUGGAGGGCUAUGAGCGCAUCCACUUCCGCGGCCGAUGCAUCGCGUGCGACGACAUUACGGAAUCCGUAAUACGGUACGUUGCCACGAAGUGGCCGCUUUGGGUGGUAGCUUCUCUGAUGGUGUUUCUGCUGCAGAAGAAGAUGUUCUACCAAUUCGUGCUUUUGAAGAUAUGGCUGGAGUUUUGCUUCUCCAUGGUGCCGUACAGCAUGUUUCCCCUCAACUCGCAAUCCAGUAUCAGUCGUUUCGCGAGCUACUACAACACAAUCUUCGGGUAUCAGCAGCAGCUGUUCACUGUGUUCCGCAUUCGCUGCUGGGUCCACGCGCACAGCAACUAUAGAUUCAGCAACGUGGAGAGCUGGUACAUACAGCGCUUCAUGUCGGUUGUGCAGCCCUUCGUUGACGGAUUGGUGCUCUUCCUGAUUCUGUUGGUGCUGUGGAUACUGUACGCGCCCAUACGCAGCCUGCGGCGCCGUUUGCUGCGCCGCUACACGAGCAUCUCAAGCACUUCGAGCAGCGUGAGCAGCUACGACGUCAAUCCUGCAGCGCAGCGUAAACGCGCACGAUGCUGUUGGCCGUGUGGUCUGUUUAUGCACUGUCUGUCGGCGUUGUAUUACGUGAGUUUCCAGUUCAUCUGCCAAGACCUGAUCCAACCGUUGUGGUGCGUCCCCAUUCAGUACAAGGUGGAGCCGCCGAUUAGCGUGCUGCUCUACCUUCCAACGCACGUUUGUGACCUCAACGACCCACUCUUCUACUACCCCACGAUUGCAUCAUCCGUGCUGCUGGGGCUAGUCAUUGUUGCCCACCUGGUUGCGAUAAUCACGUCGGUUCAUGUAUGCAAGGCGCGGCGCAUAUACAGCUGCGGUCGGCAGAAGCACACGCUCAGCUGGGACUGCCUGUUGUUAUUGCGUCGUGUUUGUGUCGCCAUGAUCACGAUUUUCCAGCCGCAAACGAUGUCCACGGGGUCUGCGGAGAAGAUGCGGAUGCUAGGGAGCGUGCUGAUCACGUCGAUUCUGCUCAUCGCGCACAUGUCGAUGCUGCCGUUCCAGAUGCGUGACGACAACCUCUUCAACCGCAUGGAGCUCAUGUCGUUGAUGUUUAACUGCUUCACUGGGUUCUUCAUCCUCGGCAGCUUCAGCUACGAUCUCCACUACAGUGGGCUGGCCCCGUUGUUUGCGAGCUUGUUCUACACGUGUGUCAUGCUGUGGUACAGUCUGGUGGAGUGCGGGUUCAUAGCCGACUUGCGCCCCGCUUUGCGGCGUCGUAUUGGCUGCUUGCCCAACUUCUGGAACGUGUGCCGCAAGCUGCUGACGUGGCAUUGCCAUUCGCAAAUCACGUUUGACUACGACCAAGGCUACCUCGUUAUCGAGAUGCCGUUCAGCGGCCACGUGAGGACUCGCAGGAGCGCUCUGUUCGCAGGGCGUCGCCGCCAGAAGGUGUCGGUUCACGGCCGUCGAUCGCUGUGCCUGUGCGUCGAGCAGUCCGUAAGCCGCUACGUGAUGGAACAGAAACACUUCCAGGUACCGCUGUACUGGGAGGAGUUCCUGAUCCGUUAUUCGUUUGCGUACAAGGCUUUGAACCGUCGUCUCCGCAGCAGCAACGUCGUCAGCGCCAACUUGCGCGUGACGGACAUGUUCCAUCCCGACAUCUUCGACGCCGGCCCUAUCAACCCGUGGCAGCUCAGCAUUGCGAUCCUCAACGUGCCCCUAUCCACGCUAGUGUCCUGUUACAAAGACUUCGAGAGGGGCAAGCUCGGUGCGCUGUAUGAGCUGCGGUGCCGGUACGAGGAGUUGUCCUCCGGCGCCACCGAGGCCCUCGCCCACAAUACAUCCGCGGUGCCCGAGAUGAUCCAAGAUGUCCACAUCCUCGACACCUUGCGUGCACGCACGAAGCGCCUACAAGGCGAACUAGCGAUGCAUAUCCGUAACGCCCGUGAGGGCAAAAGGGUCACGCUGGCGGUUCAGCAAAUCGGCCAGGGCCUGGAAGACUUUGACGACCUGCUGACAAACGAAGAAAUUUUGGAGAAAAUCGAGGCGCUCAGACGCGAACAACAAGUUUUACGCAACAGUAGAGAUUAA